CAUGGCGUCAGGUGUCAUUACGUCACAGGUGCCCUGAAAGGUGCGGCGAAAGGUGCAUUCACUUGCUGGUUUGAAAGCAAAAAGCCGUCAAGCUGGAAAAUCUGCAACUGCUCCGCCUGUGAAGCAGAACAGCCCGAUUCUGACACGUUUGAGUAUUUUUCCUUCACACAUUUACACUAUUUUUCUGUAGAAGUUUCCAAAAUGAGCAAAAUCUCGAAGCUUUUCAACGGUAGCUCCAGCUCCAGCGCGUCCAAGUCCAAACAUCACCGGUCAAAGGGAGGUCCGUCUCCCCAGGAGGCCAUCCACCGGCUCCGGGAAACCGAGGAAAUGCUCACGAAGAAGCAGGAAUAUCUGGAGAAAAGGAUAGAUCAGGAAAUUACGACAGCUAAGAAGCAUGGGACAAAGAACAAGAGAGCCGCCCUGCAAGCCCUAAAGAAGAAGAAGCGUCUGGAGCAACAGCUGACUCAGAUUGAUGGCACACUCUCCACCAUUGAGUUUCAGAGGGAAGCUCUGGAGAACUCGCACACCAACACGGAGGUCCUGAAGAACAUGGGCUAUGCUGCCAAGGCCAUGAAGCAGGUCCACCAGAACAUAGACGUUGACAAGAUCGAUGAUCUUAUGCAGGAUAUCACAGAGCAACAAGAUGUGGCUCAGGAGAUCAGCGAAGCCAUCUCCAGACCUUUCGGCGAACAGUUUGAUGAGGAUGAAUUGCUUGCAGAGCUGGAAGAGCUGGAGCAGCAAGAGCUGGAGGACAAGAUGAAGAGGAUGGGCGGACUUCCGAGCGUUCCCAGUUCCAAACUGCCUUCGACACAUCCCAAACAGCAAGGCACAACCAGGAGAAGGGUUGAAGAGGAAGACGAUAUGCAUAUGCUGGCAUCGUGGGCAACAUAAGCAUAAAAGUGCUGCAUCAUUCAAAGAGUCAAUGAGGACUUUAAGGUCUUUUUGCAUCUCUACAUUUUUAAGGUUUUUCGGGGAUAUGAAGCAUUUUGUAUUAUCAAAUAAUCUUAUAUUUGCUUUUCUAAUAAAAUAAACAUUAGAAAUGAAUUAGAAGGCUAAACUUUAGAUUUUGUUUUGCUCCAAUGGUUUUUUCCUUCGUUUUUACACUGUUUCUUCAUUAAGUGCUGAAUGCACCACAUGUAUAGGUCUCUAGUCCUAUCUAGGGAUGCCCCGAUCCGAUCACAUGCUCGGAAAUCGGCCCCGAUCACGUGGUUUCAGACUCGAUCGGGACUCGGGCUUUACUUCCCGAUCCAAGCCCCGAUCCGGACUCGGAUCCUGGGUUCAAAUUACAGGAGAGCAACUUGGUUCUCCUUAAAGGUUGUCAGGCUCCCCUGAUGCCCUUAACUUACACACCCAGAAGGAGCACA